ACUACUACACAAUACACAAAAUCUUCUUACACACCUCUCUAUUCAAAGAUAGUAGUAAUAAUUUUGGUAUGGCGGCUGUUCGGUGGCGGGUGGCGCUUUUGUUGGCUGUGUUCGCCGCUACCCAAUUGGUGGAUAUUCAUGCUCAAACUACAACUACAAACGCCACUACUGAUCCUUCUGAAGCAAGUGGUCUGAACCGCAUGUUUGCGCGAUGGGGAAUCUCGGCUACAGAUGGUUGGAACAUUAGCGGAGAGGUUUGCAGCGGUGUUGCCACUAAUGCCACUGAUGUUGAAACCAAUAACAUUAAUCCCUCUAUCAAGUGUGACUGCUCCUACGACAACAAUUCCACUUGCCAUAUCAUUCUCUUGCGCGUUUAUGCCUUGGAUGUUGAUGGCCCGUUACCUGAUGAACUCUGGAACUUCACUUAUCUCACUAAUCUAAACUUGGCUCAAAACUAUUUGACAGGUCCGAUUCCAGCUUCCAUCGGAAAUCUCAAUCGCAUGCAGUACUUGACCCUUGGCAUAAAUGCAUUAUCAGGGACGAUUCCGAGUGAGCUUGGGCUGCUCACCGACCUCAGAUCCUUGUCAUUUGGCACAAACAAUUUCUCUGGCCCUUUACCAUCUGAGCUCGGGAGCUUAACACGGUUAUCACAAAUAUACAUGAAUAGCGCUGGAGUUAGUGGUCCAAUACCUCCAUCAUUCGCAAAUCUACGCAACAUGGAGAGAGUAUGGGCAUCGGACAAUGAAUUCACAGGGCCAAUACCUGACUUUAUCGGAAGCUGGUCAAAUCUUGUUCAACUGAGGUUUCAAGGAAAUUCAUUUGUAGGUUCAAUACCAGCAUCUUUCUCAAAUUUAAGCUUGUUGAAUGACUUGAGGAUUAGUGAUGUAUCCAACGCCAAUGGUAGCUCGUCCCUCAACUUCCUCCGAAACAUGACCUCUCUAUCGACCUUAGUGUUGAGGAACAACAAUAUUUCUGGUAGCAUACCUUCAUUUCUGGAGGGAUUUGGGAGUUUGACACUUCUGGAUUUGAGCUUCAACAAUUUGAAUGGCACAAUUCCAGAGUUCCUUUUCAAUCAGUCUUCUCUCACUAACAUAUUUCUUGGUAGUAACAAGUUAACUGGUGGACUACCGUUGCAAAAGAUUUCGUCACUCAGGAACAUAGAUUUAUCAUACAACGAAUUGUCCGGAAGUUUUCCGUCUUGGAUCAGUGAAGAGAACUUACAACUUAAUGUGGUUUCCAACAACUUCACCUUUGGAGAUUCUAACACUACCAGCGCUCUACCUUCUGGUUUAGAAUGUCUCCAGAGGAAUUUUCCGUGCAGUCGAGGACAGCCUAUAUAUUCAAGGUUUGCAGUGAACUGUGGUGGUAGAAGUAUUACAUCUAAUGAUGGGAUAGAGUAUGAAGCAGACAGUGAGGCUCUCGGUCCAGCAACGUAUUAUACAAGCUCUACACGUAGAUGGGCAGUUAGCAAUGCCGGUUUGGCUGUUGACAACAAUGCACCGGAAUACAUAAGCUCUACAGCAUCUCAGUUCACCAAUACUCUAGAUUCGGAGCUCUUCCAAAAUGUCCGUCUCUCUGCUGGUGACCUCAGAUAUUACGGCUUAGGCCUUCAAAACGGUAACUACACUGUAAGGCUCCAGUUUGCAGAGACGAUCAACCCCGCUGCUAGAACUUGGCAGGCUGUUCAAAGGCGUGUUUUUGACAUAUACGUCCAGGGGAGUUUGGCGGAGAAGGAUUUCGAUUUGCAGAGAGAGAGUGGAAGGGUCCCUCUAAGAGCUGUGACACGGGAAUUCACUGCAGAGGUAGUCGAAAACUAUAUGGAAAUCCAUCUCUUUUGGGGCGGAAAAGGGACCUGCUGUGUACCUGCUCAAGCUGUGUAUGGACCCUUAAUUUCUGCAAUAAGUGCUACACCAAAUUUCGUUCCAACCGUUUCGGAUACUCCUCCUGGUGGUAAAAAGAACCGGACCGGUCUGAUUGUUGGCAUUGUUGUUCCAGUUUCAGUUGCAGCUUUGCUUUUUAUAUUUGCAUUUUGUUACUUAUCUCAAAAAAGAGAAAAGCAAACGAGCAUCGAUGAUGAAGAGUUUCUAGGGAUCGAUGCUCAAACUUACACGUUCAGUUACGCGGAACUUAGAGCUGCUACUGGCGACUUCGACCCUUCUAACAAGCUCGGAGAGGGAGGAUUUGGACCUGUCUACAAGGGAACACUCGCAGAUGGAAGACUAGUCGCGGUGAAACAGCUCUCAGUGGCAUCACACCAAGGCAAGAGUCAGUUUGUAGCGGAGAUUGCAACUAUAUCAGCCGUGCAGCAUCGCAACCUUGUGAAAUUGUACGGAUGCUGCAUUGAGGGAGUGAAGCGCCUCCUCGUCUAUGAAUAUCUGGAGAACAAGAGCCUCGACCAGAUACUAUUUGGACCAAGCAGCGGUACGUCUCUGUUUCUUGACUGGAAAACACGUUCGGACAUAUGCAUGGGGGUAGCAAGGGGCCUGGCCUACCUACACGAGGAAUCUCGACUUCGGAUUGUUCACAGAGAUGUCAAGGCUAGCAACAUUCUGCUCGAUUCUGAUCUCGUGCCUAAACUCUCUGACUUCGGAUUGGCCAAAUUGUACGAUGACAAACAGACUCAUAUCAGCACUAGAGUCGCAGGCACAAUUGGUUAUCUAGCGCCGGAAUAUGCCAUGCGCGGCCAUCUCACCGAGAAGGCUGACGUCUUCAGCUUUGGCGUCGUCGCUCUUGAAAUCGUCAGCGGGAGGCUCAAUUCCGACACAAGUUUGGAAAAUGAGAGGAUGUAUCUUCUUGAAUGGGCUUGGAACCUUCAUGAAAACGGCAAGGAAAUCGAGCUGGUGGACCCAACGUUGCAAGAAUACGAGGUUGAUGAAGUGAAAAGAAUCAUCGACAUCGCCCUCCUAUGCACGCAGGCGUCCCCGGGGCUAAGGCCGAUGAUGUCGCGUGUGGUGGCAAUGCUUGCCGGGGACAUUGAGGUGCCGUCUGUGACUACACGACCGGGCUAUCUCACUGACUGGACGUUUAGCGAUGCGACCACUUUCAUGACCAACACUGCUAGCUCGACGUCGGAUGUCGAUGCUCAUCUAGGUUCGACGGCUACGACUACGACUACAGAUGUAGCAGCCUAUUCACCUGUUGAUCCUAGUAAACCGAUGCUGAAUGAGAUCAUUGGUGAGGGUAGAUAGUAAUUGCUUCUCCAUUUUUGCUUGUAUUUAUAUAUUCCAUUUGUACAUGUGUGCCGGAGCGGAUAUAAUUGUUGCGUGAUCUUGGACUGACUUUUUUUCUGUAUAUUCAAAACAGUCUCUACACCUUCUACUAAUGCUCAAUAAUAGUGUCACACCAAUUUGCUUC